AUGAUGGAAUCCGAUGAAACUUCUAAUAGGAAAAUAAGUAGAAAUGAGUCUACCGUGUUUUCGUCUCUUGAAAUGUCACCUGAGAUAUGGGGUAAAUUUCCGGAUGACCUCAUUGAAAUGGUUAGGGCGAGACUCCCAGUGGCUACCUUCUUUCGUUUUCUUAAGGUUAAUAAAAAGUGGAACUCUAUAUUGACUUCCCAUACCUUUCGUGAACGAUAUGCUCAAAUUCCCAUCACCCAACCAUGGUUCUACACCAUCAACCACAUCAAUGCAAAUAAGGCAGCCAUGUACGAUCCCUCCUCGAAGAAAUGGCACCAUCCAAAAAUUCAUUCUCUCCGACAGAAGUUGGUUAUCUUCCCUAUUGCUUCUGUUGACGGUAUUGUUUGUUUUGUCAAUAUUAAUCAUACGCGUUUCUUCGUGGGUAACCCGCUUACUCAGACACUCAAGGAGCUUCCGGCUAUGUCAAACAUUGUUUUGUCUAGAGUAGUAGUUGGAAUGUGGAUGAAUGGAAAAUCUUCAGUUGAGGGCUACAAGAUCAUCUGCAUCAAUGGGCAGGGCCUGUACGUAAUUUAUGACUCUAUCAAGAAUACUUGGUAUGAACCGGGAGUUAUGCCGACGAUGAGAAUGUUGCCAUUGUAUUUGAGCUUGCGCUCGCAGGCAAUCUCUAUCGACGGUAAUCUCUACUUCAUGUGUUCGAAUCCAGAAGGUAUAAUCUCCUACAAUAUGUUGUCGGGCGUUUGGAAUCAUUUUUUAGUCCCGAAUCCUGAUGUUUUGAUGGCUCACCGGAUUCUCUUGGAGUGUGGGGGACGGAUCAUGCUCGUUGGUUCAAUGGUAAGUGACAUAGAAUCGUGUGUUUCUGUUUGUAUUUGGGAGUUACAAAAAAUGAUGUUACUAUGGAAGGAGGUCGACAGGAUGCCAAGUGAGUUGUGCUUGAAAUCAGACGGGAAGAACACUCAAAUGGUUUGUAUGGGUAGCAAAGACUUGAUCUUGUUGUCACUUGGAUCUGAAAAAAUGAACAAAUUGAUUACUUAUGAUGUUUUCAAGAAAGAAUGGUUGGAAGUUUCGGGGUAUAUAUUUCCCCAAAGAGGAAAGGCUCAUCUAAGGUUUGUACAUGGAAUCGCGUUUUAUCCUUGCAUUACAGCAAUAGCGUAA